AACUCCCAUUCUCACCUCUCUCCACCACCACACUCUCUUCCUCCCUUCCUCAUCUCCUUUUCCACCUCUCACUCUAUCCCUGUCUCUGUGUGUGUCUCCGCCAGUAGCUCUAUGUCUCUCUCGGUGGGUUGGUGCUGCGCGGUGAUGGGAAGACAAUGAGGAGGCCAUGCCGCUCACGCUGUCAGACCACGGCUCGUGCUGGGACCUCCUGUGCGGCGAGGACGUCAGCGAGCUGGCCGAUGACUCGCCGGGCGGCGUCGGGGAGCCGGCCGAGUUCCCCGACGACUCGGACGAGUCCAUCGCCGGGUUCAUAGAGGGGGAGGCUGAUUCCUCGCCCCAGCUCGACUACCCGGACCGGUUCCAGGCCAAGUUGCUCGACCCGGCCGCGCGCCAAGAAGCCGUCACCUGGAUCCUCAAGGUGCACGAGUACUAUUGUUUUCGCCCGCUGACGGCGUGUCUUGCCGUGAACUACUUGGAUCGCUUCCUCUCUCGUCACUGUUUACCGCAAAAUGAAUGGACAUUGCAGCUUCUGUCAGUGGCAUGCCUCUCCCUAGCUGCAAAGAUGGAGGAGACACUGCUGCCAUCCCUAUUAGAUUUGCAGGUUGAGGGUGCAAAGAUCAUUUUCGAACCUCGCACGGUCCUCAGAAUGGAGCUCGUCGUGCUCAAUGCAUUGAAUUGGAGGCUUCGAUCUGUGACGCCUUUCACUUUCAUCGAUUUCUUUGUUCACAAGAUCGACCCUGUAGGAAAAUAUGCGCGAACUUUGGUUUCAUUGGCCACUGAAAUUACAUUAGCGACAACGAAAGAUGUAAGGUUCCUGAGUCACUGCCCAUCGUCACUUGCUGCAGCUGCCAUAAUCUGUGCCACUGAUGAGAUUAAGGAUCUAGCUUUUGUUGAUCCUGGAAUUGCAGCCUCAUGGUGCAUUGGAUUGACAGAGGCAGGGAUUGCAGGUUGCUAUCGAUCAAUGAAGCAAGUUAUCGUCAAUAGAACGAGGAAAGCGAGCACCUCGGUGGACUUGGAGCCAAGUGUGUCAUCAUCUUAUUCUUCUCCACCUAGCAAAAGAAGGAAGCUGAACAACAAUUGCUUAUGGGUGGACAAUGACCAGGAGAGCUCAUAGGAAACCUAAUAAGUUCCUUUUUCUUUCUCUCUUCCUUUAUUUGUUUUCUUCUCUGAUUGUGGUUUUAGAGUCUCUCCGGUGAGUAGGCAAUAUCUUUUUGGGAUAUGCAGAUUCCUCAUUAUUUUUCAGAGGAGUUGGGGAAUAGGAUGCUGGUUUAUGACUGUGUGUCUGACCAGGACAUAGGCUGGGAGUCUCAUUGAUUUCUUUUGUUCUUUUCUUCUUGAAGUUCUUUAAUUUGUGGGGCUUUGCUAUCAUAGCAAAGUGUUGCAGAUUCUCAAGGGAGGGGAAUCUGCCAUUGUUUUUGGGUGUGAUGAUAAGUGUGUGAAGGACAUGGUCUUUGCUUGUGGAGGGUGUGGGGGCUCUUACAAUCACAGGCAGCACUUAUUGCUGAAUGAAUGAAGCAUAUCAUCAGAGUGGGUCUUUUUACAGCCAUGGUAGAAAGGAGAUGUCACUCAACUUUGCUGGUAAACUGGUAGCUGAGCAACCUUCAUUCACCAAAUGGUAGUUUGGUUGGCCAGUCAAUCCUCCUCCUCAGCCUCACCAGCAUUUAUUGUAUUUCCUCUCUCUCUCUCUCUCUCUCUCUCUCUCUCUCUCUCUCUCUCUAUAUAUUUAUAUAUAUUGGUGAAACUUUGUGUGGUUGUGAGGUUGAUGCAUGUCAACCUGGAGAGGAUGUAUGUUCAUCCUCCUUCAGGCUGUGCUGUGCAGCCUGUGGUCAUGGCUGCUAAUUCUCUACAUCAAUAAAAAUAAUGAUACAUCUAUUUUAUUGGCACA